GCGCGAUUGCGCGCAGCCUAGCGACUUUUUUCAUGAACCUAUCUGAGGAGAUCAAAUAUAAAAUGGCUAAGAAUGUGUAGAUUUUAAUUAUUUCAAAAAGAGUUUGUGGUUGGGAAGGUGCGUUGACAUUCAACAGCGGAAGGAUGGAGGUUGGAUUCUGAAUAAGAAACAUCGAAGUAACCACUGAGUUAAACCAGCGCGUGGACUCCUUAGACUAUUUAAGAGCUGCUGACACUAAAGUCCGUCCUGGUCAGUCAUGGGUCACCCUGGGAUCCAGAUGCGGACGUGGGUGCUGUUUGUGACUCUCGGGUGCUCCUAUUUGGGUCAGGCUUUGGAAGGACCAUACUACACAGUGGCUGUCCCUGCCAUCCUGGAGUCUGGAGCUCAGGGCAAGUUAUGUGCCAAUCUCAUGAAGCCCAAUGAGUCUAUGGUGAUGACAGUGACACUCAGGUCCCCGGAGCUCAACACCACCCUCUUCCAGAAAAAAUCUGAUGAGGAUUUCCACUCCUGCCAUGACUUCCUGGUUCCUCUGGUGUCUGAUGAGCAGGUGCGGGACUUCCAGGUGGAGGUUCGAGGGAAAACGUUUUACUCACAAGAGGUUCGCAGAGUCCUCAUCCGAAUCAGUAAACCAGUGAGCUUCAUCCAGACAGACAAACCCAUCUACCUCCCAGGACAGACUGUGCACUUCAGGCUGGUGACGCUGGACACAAAGCUCAGGCCUGCCUGUCGAAAGUAUGACAUCAUCGAACUAGAGGAUGUACAUGGUAACCGCAUCGGGCAGUGGGUGAACUACACCUCUGAAGGUAAAAUACUGCAGCUGUCUUACCCCCUGAAUCCUGAGGCCAAAGAGGGCAGCUACCGGUUCAUUGUCUCUUUUGGGGAGGACAAAAUCUUCCACCCCUUCAAGGUGGAGAAGUAUGUUUUGCCAAAGUUUGAUGUUACAAUCACCUCCAAGGAUCAAGUGAGCAUUGGCCAGAAGGAAAUCCCGGUAGAAGUUUGUGUCAAAUAUACCUAUGGACAGCCUGUUCCUGGUACACUGAAAAUGGAUGCAUGUAGACCAGUCAUCACAUAUGGCUCUUAUAUAGUGCUUGAUAGGCCAGAUGCCAUGCCAGUGAUCACUGCCCCCUGCCAUAAAGAGAGCAAACAGACCGAUAAAAAUGGGUGUGCUACCUUUACUUUGCCAAUGUCCACUUUCACAAAACUGGACCAAAAGGCUCUGCAGGACACACUAGAGAUUGUGGCCAAAAUGGAAGAGGAGGGAACAGGCAUCACACAUACGCAGCACAAAGUAAUUCAUAUUUCAUACGUCAUUGGAAAAUUGUCCUUUUUUGACACACCAAAGGUUUAUCAGAAAGAUAUUCCUGUGCAAGGAAAAGUUAAGGCAGUGACAUUUGAUGACCAGCCCAUUGCAAACACAAACUUGUACCUGUUUGAGGGCGAGUUCUGGUCAUCACGGCACCUCCAAAACCUCACGACCGACAGCAACGGAGUGGCCACUUUCUCUCUUGACACCACAACAUACAGUGGAAACAUUCAUCUCCAUAUCAGUCAGAAGCCCUCGCUGGACUACCCUGGAUACAGGGUCCCGUACUAUGAGCCUGGGGACAUAAUACUGUCUAUGGCCCAGGAGUCGACUCCAGACACCAAAACUGUGAGCUCCGUCGAGGUGAAGAGCAUCUCCGAGCCCCUCCCCUGUGACUCUAUGCAGGAUAUAACCAUCAACUACAGUGUGGUCAAAGAGAAGAAGGGGCCCAUGGACUUCAUAUACUUGGUCCUUGCCCGAGAUGGUAUUAUUAUGCAGGGGCGCAAACGAAUUGUUGUGGCUGAAAACGCAGUGACCGAGGGCAGCUUUUCCUUCAAGUUAAAAAUCACUGCAGCAUUGGCUCCUGAUUUUACCGUUGUGGCCUAUGGCGUCCUGGCCAGCUCCUUCGUCAUCGCCCACAGCAAUCAGUUUCAAACUGAGAAAUGCUUUAGCCACAAGGUAGAGGUUGAAUUUGAACCAUCUCAGGGCACUCCAGGAGAAGAUGCGUCCCUACGUGUGAUCGGACAAGCCAACUCCCUGUGCGCAAUCAGCGUCAUCGACCAGAGUGUCCUUAUCCAGGAACCAGGAAAAUAUCUGAAACCAGAAAUGAUAUACAACUUGUUGCCUGGAACCAGAUAUGUUCCCUAUCAGGCACAAGACCCCACAGAAUGCCUCCAGGUCCGACCCAAACGAUCCAUCUGGCCCUACCCAGGAAACACAGACGAUGCCCACACAGUCUUCCAGAACGUUGGACUGAAGUUGGCUACAAACCUGAUGAUCCGUGUGCCUGACUGCCUCAGCUAUUUCGGACGAGAAUACUACUUUGGCCGCAACUAUAUUGCAAUGGAAGAACGAAUCGUGGCGAUGUCUUCUCCCGGGGGUCCAGUGGGGGGCAUGGGAAGUGUUCCAGAUGCUAGUCUUCCUGUGAUUGAGACUGUCCGGAUUUUCUUCCCUGAGACUUGGCUCUGGUUCCUGCAGGAGACUGGACCUUCUGGAAAGGUGGACAUGCCUGUAAAGAUCCCAGACACCCUCACAACUUGGGAGACGGAGGUGUUCUGUCUGUCCUCCCAAGGCUUUGGUCUGGCCCCCCGACAACAGUUCACUGUGUUCCAGCCUUUCUUCCUGGAGGAGAGCCUGCCCUACUCCAUCAUCAGAGGAGAGGACUUUGAACUCAAGGCCACUGUCUUCAGCUACCUCAAGAGCUGCAUGAUGGUUGCUGUAACCCCAACCCCCUCUGACGACUACACCCUGACUGAGGUCCCUGGAUCUGACUACACGUUCUGUCUCUGUGGCAAUGAACGCAAGACAGUCAGCUGGAUCUUGGAUCCCUCGUCUUUGGGCACUGUGAAUGUGACAAUUAAAGCCGAGGCUGUGCCUUCUAAAGUGUCAUGUGACAACGAGGUUGUCCAUGUCCCAGAGAAUGGGCGCAUCGAUGUGGUCACCCGGCCUCUCAUCAUCAAGGCAGAAGGGAUUGAGGUGAUAAAGACCCACAACCUGCUGCUCUGCCCUAAAGACGAGACCCUGACUGAAGAGGUUGAAGUUCAACUCCCUGAAAAUGUGAUUGUGGGAUCUGCUCAAGCUGCAGUGUCUGUGCUGGGUGACAUUUUGGGCAGAGCCAUGAAAAACCUGAACGGUCUGCUGCGAAUGCCUUAUGGCUGCGGGGAGCAGAACAUGGCACUUCUGGCCCCAAACAUUUACAUCAUGGAGUAUCUGAAAAACACAAACCAGCUCCCAGCAGAGCUCAAGGAAAGGGCCACACACUAUCUGGUCAGCGGUUACCAGAGGCAGCUGAACUACAAACACACUGAUGGCGCCUACAGCACUUUUGGAACAGGACCAGGAAACACAUGGCUUACUGCUUUUGUCCUGAGAACCUUCGUGAAAGCCCAAAACUUUAUUUACAUUGACCCAACAAAUAUUCAGGAUGCAAAGCAGUGGCUGGAGUCAAAACAGAUGAAAAAUGGUUGCUUUGCUCAAUUGGGAAGACUAUUUAACAACAGAAUGAAGGGAGGAGUUUCUGAUGAAGUAACACUGACGGGCUACAUAGCUGCUGCUCUGUUGGAGAUGGGAGUGCCUGUAGAUAAUCCAGCAUUGGACCAGGCCCUGACUUGCCUGAAGUCGUCCAUGGGAGACCUGAGUAACAUUUACACCACUGCCCUGAUGUCCUAUGUCUUCUCUUUGGCCAAGGACACCAAAACCAGGGAUCAGUUGUUCAAUCACCUGGACACAGUGGCACAUAGGGACGGUGGGUUCCUCCAUUGGUCCCAGAGGUCUGAUGAAACCUCUGCCUCUCUCGCUGUGGAGAUCAGCUCUUAUGUUCUUUUGGCUAAACUCAGCUUCAACCCCAGCAACGAAGACCUGGGCUACUGUUCUCAAAUCGUCCGCUGGGUAACCAAACAGCAGAACUACUAUGGAGGCUACAGCUCCACUCAGGACACAGUGGUUGCCCUGCAGGCUCUGGCUCAGUACGCCACUCUGGUCUACAGCCCUAGGGGUCAGAGCACAGUUACAGUCCGGUUUCCCAGUGGUCAGCUCCAGUUUGAGGUGAACCAAAACAACAAACUACUGUAUCAAGAGAACAUGCUCAGAGACUUGACUGGGAGAUACACUGUGGAAGUUAAGGGCAACACCUGCGCCUCCAUACAGGUUUCUGUCAUGUACAACAUCCCACCACCCAAAGAGAAGUCGACCUUCAGCAUAGAGGUGACUCCAGAGGCCGACUGUGACAGCAACCUUCUCAGACCCAGAACAAACCUCAAGAUCAAAUCCCUUUACAAUGGGGAACAGGAUAGCACCAACAUGGCCAUCAUUGAUAUUAAAUUGCUCUCUGGAUUCACUGUAGAUUCUGAGUCUCUAGACGCGCUGAAAAGGGACACAUUAGUGCAGCGAGUUGAGCAGGACCAAGAUAAAAUUUUGGUCUAUCUGACUGGGCUUCCGAAAGGCGUUCCCAUUAAUCAUGAAUUGGUGCUGAUACGAGAAAUAAGAGUACGCAACCUGAAGCCCGCUGUGGUUAUACUUUACGACUACUACCAGCCAAGUGACAAAGACGAGACUGAGUAUAGUUUCCCCUGUGCUUGAGUUUGAAGAACAAAGAUUCACCAUCCUUUGAGUGUCUGAACUCUAAAUUGAAAGUGCCUUUCAAUUAAACAUGUCAUAUACUGGUGUUACUAUGGAAACAAUGUUACUCUUGAUGCAAUUUUUUUUAUAAUUUGUGGAAGAAGGUGUUUGUGAACAAUAAACUAGUCCUCUAAGGGUG